AUGUCUCCAGCUCCUCCCCCCGCUCCUCCACGAAACAAUCCAUCCAUUCUUCCCAGAAGACAUGGCCCGGGAAUUUUAUUCCCGAGCGGUCUUUUCUAUCUGGGAAGUCUGGCUGGGGGGCCAGCAACAUCUCGUUUCCUUUCUUCGGGGUUCGUAGGGAUCCUGGGAAAGUUAAACAAAAUUGAGGACGAUCUCAAUGGUUCUCUAUUUUAUUGUUUUCUAGCUGUCUCCAGCGAUGGCACAAUGGAUACACACAACAUUGUUGUGGUGUUUUUUUUCAUAGGCCCCAGGAUUUAUCUUCGGUGGCGAGUCCAAAACUGUGGCAGAGGUGGUGUGAGGGAUAGAGAGUGGGCCGUCUUCCGUGUUGGCCAUUUCCUCUUUGAAAUGUGCUAUCAGCAUAUAUCUUUAUCUAGGAUAGAAUGGAAAAGUAUGGAUAUAUUUGGUGUUUGUCGUUUCGAACGGCCUGGGACCCAAUUUGAGUUGGCAUUAUAUUGGAGGGAGGGAGGAACAGGGGGAGAUUCUUCGCCUGUGGAGUGGAUCUCUAGCAGAUCUUGCUGCUGUUUUUCUGGGACGGAUAAUAUAAGUGGUUGCUGGGUUGCAGGAGCAGCAACCAACGGAUUUACAAUCCGGGUGGGGCCCGCUAGUACGUUGGAUUGUCUUGCCCCCUGCCUGAGGGCAGCCGUUAAUGAUUGUGCCGGCCCCUCUCCAGCUGCUGCGGUGAGCAGUGGUGAGGGCCGGCUUAUGUGUGAUUUUGCCGUCUGCUCUGUAGUUGGAGUCGAUGAUCUAGAGAUCUUUCAUCAAACAAUACUUAAGCAGAUGAAGUACUUGAGUUUACUCGCCAAGAGUCACAACAUACCCGGUUUUGGGAAAGACCCAUCCCCCUGCCCGGUGUGGGGGGGGGGGGGGGGGACAAGAGGCAGAGGAAGAGGUGAAGAUCCUGUAAGGAUUUGUUGCGCCAUUCCAUUGCUGCAAAUGUAA